AUGCCUAAUCACUGUAGCCCGAGUUAGUUGUAGCUACAAUUCCAACUAUCAACUAUCAGAGACUGGUAGCUACACAACAUUGAAUAGCUACAAAACAAUGAACAUAUUUAUCUUUUGAACAUAUAUAUCAAUAUCAACUCGUAACCUUUCAAUCCGUAAUAACUUGGUAAAAUCAAAAACAUAAAAAUGAGUUCAAGAGAGUACGAAGAGUUAUUACCAAGACUUGAUUCACAAGUAAGCAUACAUAAAUUAUCAUCAAAUACGAUCGAAGAGUUAUUAGAAGAUCAUCGACGAGUUCUGCCGAUUCGAUGGUGGACUCGUUUGGUUGCUUGGGAAUCAAGGCUUCUUUGGUUGCUAUCUGGUGCUUCCAUUGUUGUGUCUGUUUUGAAUUUCAUGCUUAGUUUUGUGACUCAAAUGUUUGUUGGUCAUUUGAGUCCUAUUGAGCUUGCUGGUGCUUCUAUAGCUAAUGUUGGCAUUCAAGGUCUUGCUUAUGGUAUUAUGCUAGGCAUGGCUAGUGCUGUCCAAACAGUUUGUGGUCAAGCCUAUGGAGCCAAACAAUACUCAGCAAUGGGAGUAAUCUGCCAAAGAGCCAUUGUACUACACUUAGCUGCAGCCAUACUCCUCACAUUCCUCUACUGGUUCUCCGGUCCGGUACUUCUCGUAAUCGGACAGUCGGAGACCAUUUCCGCUCAGGGCCAAGUUUUCGCCCGUGGUUUGAUCCCUCAAAUUUAUGCAUUUGCCAUAAGUUGCCCUAUGCAGAGGUUCCUCCAAGCACAGAAUAUUGUUAAUCCAUUGGCAUAUAUGUCUGUUGGAGUAAUGUUGCUUCACAUUCUUUUAUCAUGGGUGGUUGUUUAUGUUUUGGAUUAUGGGCUUUUUGGUGCGGCCCUGACUUUGAGCUUCUCUUGGUGGAUGCUUGUGGUGGCUAAUGGGCUUUACAUUGUUUUGAGCCCAUCUUGUAAGGAGACUUGGACUGGGUUGUCGUUGGGUGCUUUUAGAGGAAUUUGGCCUUACUUUAGGCUCACCGUUGCUUCGGCUGUCAUGCUCUGCUUGGAGAUAUGGUACAGCCAAGGAAUGGUACUCAUCUCAGGCCUACUCCCUAACCCAACAAUCUCAUUAGAUUCCAUUUCCAUUUGCAUGAAUUACUUCAACAUGGACAUGAAUUUUAUGUUGGGCAUAGCUGCAGCUACUAGUGUUAGAGUAAGUAAUGAGUUAGGGGCAGGUCAUCCAAAGGUGGCUAAAUUUUCAGUAUUUGUAGUGAAUGGAACCACCAUUCUUAUCAGCAUUACCUUCAGUGCCAUUGUGCUCAUCUUCCGAGUCGGGUUGACUCGGCUCUUUACGACUGACUCAGUGGUUAUAGAAGCAGUUUCUAAUUUGACUCCUCUGCUUGCCAUCUCCAUUUUCCUCAAUGGUGUCCAACCUAUUCUCUCAGGUGUGGCUAUUGGCAGUGGAUGGCAAGCAAUUGUAGCAUAUGUUAAUGUGAUUACAUAUUAUAUUAUUGGUCUUCCCAUCGGAUGUGUUCUUGCCUUCAAAACCAAUUUAGGAGUUGCAGUAAGUGGCCAUGGUCGGUUCAGUUUGAAAUCGACCAAAACCGACAAAUCGGUAUUUGUAAUUUUUUUAAAUCGAACUGAGAAGUUCAGUUUGACUUGUCUCGGUUCGGUCGAAAGCCAAAAAAAUUAUAUUUUUAUCUUAAAAUUAAUACACAUAUUAAAUAAUUGUUGUCUAAUAAAUUUUCAUAUGUGUAUACUAUCACUUUUUUAAAAAAAUUGUUUACUUUUGCAAUCGAUUUUUAAAAUAUCCAAACCGAACCGAAAGCCAAACAACAAACUUUUACAUAAUUACAACUUUAUUCAAUAAAUAACUGAACUAUAAUUAUAAUUUCAGUAUGUUUUGGUCCGGUUUUUUAACACCCCUAGCAAUAAGCUUAUUUUAGUUUUUUGUUGGUUCGAUUUGAUUUUUGGACAUGGAAAUUAUCAGUUAAAUUUAGUGUAAAACAAACAGAGUUCAAUUCAAUUAGAAAAAAUUCGUACUCUAUUCGAUUUUAUAGAAAAAUAAAAUUUCAAUUUGAUUCGGUUUGAACCGCAUACAAAUGAAAGCAUUCAAUUUAACAUUUUGGUUGUAA